AUCAUCAUGUUAAAUUCUGUCUCUGAUCUGCAUGGCUAUAUUGACAAAAGUCAGCUGACCCGGGAGCUGGGAGGAACCUUGGAGUAUGGCCACAGUCAGUGGAUACAUCACCGAACUGCUAUCGAAAACUUUGCAAUGACAGUAAAAACAACAGCACAGAUGCUACAGACCUUUGGAACAGACCUAGCAGAAACUGAACUUCCCAACGAUGUGCAGUGCACAGAGGAGCUCCUCUCCGCCCACACUGACCACCAUAGCAAGCUGAAGGAUGAGCUGAAACUAGCUGUGAAGCAGGGGGCCACCCUACUGACAUGCAUUAGGGAGCCAGUCACCCGAAGCGCCAACAGCAAACUCAGUCCAGAUGAACUGGAAAAUGUGGCAACAGUAGAAAGGUUGUUGGCACAGUUGGAUGAAACAGAAAAGGCUUUUGAUCAAUUUUGGACCAAGCAUCACCUAAAACUAGAACAAUGCCUGCAGCUUCGACACUUUGAACAUGAUUUUAGAGAGGUAAAACUGGCAUUGGAUAAUCUCAUGGAAGCACAAGCAGGUUUUGCUGACAUUGGAGACAGUGUGACUCGAGUGGAGAACCUCCUGAAGGAACAGAAACAACUGGAAGAGAAAGGACAGGAACCUUUAGAGAAGGCCCAGUCCCUAGCUAUCCAUGGAGAACAGCUCAUCCAAAACAACCAUUAUGCAGUUGACUCCAUUAGACCAAAGUGUGUUGAACUCAGGCGUAUUUGUGAUGACUUUACCAAUGAGACCAAGAAAAAGUAUGAUAUUUUGGGAAAGUCUCUUGAGCUGCAUAAGCAGUUAGAUAAGGCAAGCCAAUGGUGUGAAGCUGGAAUCUACCUCUUGGCUUCCCAAGCUGUGGACAAGUGCCAGUCACAAGAGGGAGCUGAAACGGCACUCGUUGAAAUUGAGAAGUUCCUGAUAACAGCUAAGGAACACCAGCUCUCUAACCCAAAGGAGUUCUACAAUCAGUUUGACAUGAUCCUCACGCCUGAAAUAAAGGCCAAUGCCCAAAGAAUUCUACAAAAACUAGAAGAUGUACAAGAAAUGUUUGACAAGAGGCAAAUAAGUCUGAAGAAGCUGGCAGCCAAACAGACCCGGCCAGUACAACCUGUUGCCCCACAUCCUGAAUCUUCCCCAAAGCGAGCAUCACCAAAGAUUACCAGACCAGCAGGAGUUGCUACCAACAGGAGAUCCACAGAAAUUUCCUGCCCUCCAAAGACCAUUUCUGAAGUAGAGUUAUCAAAAAAGAAAAACACUAAGAAGACUAAAGGUGGAAUUAAGAUUGAAGUGAUGCAUGAAGCUAGUCAAGGAGGAUCUAGCAGAGUCCUGGUGAUGAGUGAAAGUGAUGAGAACUUGUCAACAAGGAGAAGGUAUACACUGAAGUUACUUGGUGCAAAAAACUACGCUUCUAAAAAUAUUAGCCUUGGUAAAUUAGGUUAG